AUGAUUGUGCCAACUUCAUCUCAUUGUCGCCUGAGACGACGGGCAUUGUAUUUUCUGAUUCUGCUGAUCACUGCCACUACUCCAAUAGUCAAUGCUCAAGAGGCCUUUAUUCAAGUCAAAUUACGAGUCUUCGAAAAGGUGGAUCGGUUCCUGAAUUUUGCCGUUUCGGCCAACGCUGUCCUCGCUGAUUUUUACGAUUUGCGGGGCUUUCCUCACGAUCUCGGAGCGAAAGAUCGGGAUACCAUUGCGCAUCAGUACUUGUUUUCCGUCGUAUCAGCCUUGGAAGCGACCGGCCUAAAGCCCUUUUAUGGAUUGGAAGAUGGGACCUUUUUGGGAUAUCUGCACAAUGAUCUCAAUCAAGUUCCUAAAUUGGUCUAUCGAGAACCUGGGAAUUCAGGUUUCAACAAUUCGGACCCAGUAUUGGGAAAGUAUAUGAACACUUGUGUCAAUCCGCUGACGGGAGAUUCCAAAAAAUGUCUAUUGACAGAUGCAAGUGGAACCUAUGUUUCCUGUGUCAAUGAUUGCGAAUACAUUCCAUGUCCUGGCAAUGGCAACAUUUUGUGCCAAAACUAUGAUAUUGUCAAUUAUUCUUCGCAAGCGGAGAAUGCUGGCGAUGAUGAUCUGGAACUUGGAUAUGUACCAAGAUCUACAUAUUGCAUCAACAAAAAUGGUGACUUCUCCGAUGCCCAAGGUGAAAUUUUGGUGGAAUCCUUGGAUGGAGUGAUUCGAGAUGGAUCUUGUACGUUUAAAGAUGGUUCUCCGGUACAGCGGCGAAAUAUUUCUGGUGCCUUUGCGAGUUGCCGAGACCUCUAUCAAGAAAUUUGUUUGGCGGCAGAAGCACCUGGGAAUGUUAUUACGGAUACAACGACGACAGGUCCAAUUGUAUGCGACACCACAUUUGCCGGGGCCUAUGAUUCCACCAAUUAUGACCCACGAUGGAGAGGUUGGUACAUUUCUAGCCGGGAGACGUUGGUGCCACGAUUUUCGGAUCCCUACAUUUUCUUUUCUCUUGGGGUGGUUGGGAUCACCUACACUUUUCCAAUCUUUAUGGAGAAUAAGGGUUUUGAAAAAUUCUUUUCGGGAGUCUUGGCCAUUGAUAUGGAAUUGGACGAUGUUUCGAAUUUCCUUGCGGAGUCCUUUGUUGAUACCUCCUUUGCUGUUGCCAUUUACGAAGAUGAAGCACCCCACAAUAUGAUUGGGAUAUCCACACAAAGUGAUGUCAUUUCGUGGUGGCUCAUUGAGGAUGACACAGUACCUUGUCCUGAGGACCAAAUUGGACAGACCCCACGCGUUUGUCUUGCAAGACAAUUGAACAUUAUGAACUUUGAAUCUUCCAUUGAUGAUAGCAUCCUUCGAAAGGCCCACGAGGCCUUUGAACUGGUUGAUUUUGUCGAGGAUGUCACGGUGGCAGUCCGAGAAGAUGACGACGAUGUGUCGACUCCAUCCUACAUUGCCACAACAGUACUCUACGACCUCCAGGAUGCCAAUCUCAAAUGGCGAAUUCUUGUCACCACUCCCAUUGACACAGACCCGGACAACAUUAUUGUUGUGGGAGACAGCAUGUUCCCAUUUAUCAUUGCGAUUGCCGUGCUUGGAUUUUUAAUCUGCAUUGGAUUGUUUCUUGCCUACUAUGGUCGACGAAACGAGAGGGCGGUCCAAUUCUCGGAUGUUCAGUUCACAUCGGCAUUUCUGCUGGCAUCCGCGUUAUUGAAUCUGAGUACUCUUACCUUGCUCGGCAAAACCGAUGAUGAAUUGUGUUUGAUGCGAAUGUGGGUAUUUUUCACCUUUUCUUCCAUGAUGCUUUCGCCACUCUUUGUCAAGGCCUACCGAACCUACAAAUUAUUGGGAAGUUCCGUGGCAUCUGCCAUGUCGGUCAAGAUGAAUAAUGUUCAGGCAUGGAUCCGGACACUCCCGAUUCCAGCCAUUCAAGUGCUGAUCCUCUUUAUCUUCACCUUUGCGGAUCCGUGGAUCGGGAAAGAAGAUAUUAAUUUGGCGGCAGCGAUUCCUACCAAAGAUAUCCUCUGUCGGAGUCAAACUGAGGGUCUGAUGUAUGCGCAAGCGAUUUACGACUCUUUUCUCCUUUCGAUUGGGUGUAUCUUAGCCUAUCUGACACGAAACAUUGAUCCACGAUUUGGAGAUGCCAAGGCCUUGCUGUUUGCAAUGUACAAUAUUGCCUUUACUACUAUUAUGAUUGCUCUUGUCAUUGGCACAAUUGACACGCAUGAGAGCGGAAAGCACGUUUUGCAAGCGAUUGGAGUAUUCUGGGGCACCGUUUUCAGUUCUGCCGCAUUCGUCGUGCCCCGGCUGGUAGAAGCACGGAGGGAACGAAGGAGAUUGAAGAAGCAUAAUUCGAAGCUUCGCAACACCUUGGAAGAGAAACGAAAGGCAAAUCGAGUAUCAUCACAUGUAUCUGCAGUUACCUAUUUGCAUGAUCAAGAAGAUGCUCUCAAAGUUCUGGUUUGUACUGGCAACCUUGGAAACGCCGAACCGACUCUGAACUCCAUGAUGUCAUGGAUCCCAGAACACGGAGAGUGCUCACGGAUCACCCCACUUGAUGGAAAUGACAUUGACACGGACCAGUUUGAUUUGAUUGUCGUUGGUAUGCAAGAAGCAAAGUGGGUGGUGAAAAACGCAGCAGCGGUUGCCGAAAAACCUGCCGAACCUCGUCCAACUGGACGAAGAAACCGACGGGGCUCCUUUUUGACUUUUGGAUCAGGAUUCAUGCAGAUGGAUGAAGCAAGGGCGAAACAAGAUGCCUUCUUGGCUGCUGUGGAAGGUGCCGAUGUGGUCCAAAUACGACAACUGACUCAGCAAAUUCUUGGUGACGAUUACACCAAUAUUUCUCAGGAGACGCGAGGGCAGAUGCGUCUUUUUAUUUGGGCGCUCAAGGAUGUCGCACCAGGAAUUCGGGAUAUCAAGGUGACUGGUGUCAAUACUGGUGUUGGUAACGUGCUUGCCAACAAGGGUGGGAUCGUGGCUUCAAUGGUUUUCCACGACACAAGACUGACCUUCUUGUCAGCUCAUUUGGCGGCCCACGAAGGUGACCGCUAUUACAAUGCUCGGUGCAGCAACAUGUUUGAUAUUCUGAAGGGCUCCAAGACAUUCGACUUGGGCAACAAACACAGCAUUGAUACCACCAUUAGCAGUCAUCACAUGUUUGUCCUGGGUGAUCUGAAUUUCCGAACCAAGUUCCAUGAUGCGUCCACUGCAACUCAUGCAGAGAAGUUUGAGCGUGCGUCCAAACUGAUAGAAGAGCAGGAUUGGAAUGGACUUUACCGAUACGAUGAGUUGCACAAGGGUGUGCGAUUGGGAGAAGUGUUGGUCGAUUUCGAUACCUUACCGUGCAACUUCAAUCCUACGUUCAAGGUGGAGCGAACUCAUGGUUAUGACUACAAGGACCAGCGCAUCCCCAGUUAUACGGACCGCAUUCUCUUCAAGUCUGCUCCGGGUCUCCGAACAAACUUGAGGCCUCUUGGUUACGAACCUUGCGAAGAUUUCAUCACGUCUGAUCACAAGCCAAUUCGUGGCUCAUUCUCCAUUGUCCCCAAUGACAUGAUUCCCAACAACACUAUUGAGGGCAGAUACCGUUUGGAAUUUAAAGAACUGGAAUGUUCGGAACUUUUGGAUGGCGAAGGUGGUUCUUGUAAUCCCUUUGUAAGAUUCAUCUGGGAUUCCAUUGGAAUGAAGGAGGAAGGCAUGGUGAAGCUUGACUUUUGGCGAAGAAGGCACGAGUUUCCUACUACAAGUACAAAGUACAAGAACCCCAAUCCACGAUGGAAGAGGUCAUAUUCGUUGGUCACGACGACUCAAGAAGUCAGAGGUGACGCUACAUUGUUUGUGUGUGUAUACGAUCAGAAUGUUGGAAAAAGUAACUCCAUCCUUGGAUCACUUGCGUUAAACUUGCAAAGUGUCUUUAAAUGCAAGCCUGGGCAGACCAGCAAAGAAAUGUAUUACGACAAGCCAUUGCAAAGAUAUGGAAAGCCAGCUGGUUUCAUUCGAUUCAAGAUUGAGCUUUCCAAGCUCGUUGGUUGA